ACGCGUGGCUUCUGGAUGCCGUUUGACGUUCGUAAACGAUCGCUCGUUCACGGCUUCUCCUCCCGCUUUUGGUAGGCACUCCCGUCGGCGGAAGUCUGAGUAAACUCAACCUCGGAAGCGGAAGCUGAUCCUCAAGAAAGCUCGGGUCGAUUGAUGCGGACAAGAUCGCGGGAUGCCGCCGAAGCAGGCCGCCAAGAAAGCCGACCUGGCGAAGAAGCAGAAGAUGGUCAAGGACAAGACCUUCGGGCUCAAGAACAAGAACAAGAGCAAGAACGUCCAGAAGUACGUGCAGACCCUCCAGCAGUCCGUGCGGCCCAAGGCCGAUCCUUCCGGGACUGCCGCGAAGAAGAAGAAGGAAGAAAGUAAGGCGAAAGAUAAGGAGCUCAAUGACUUGUUUAAGAUUGCCGUGAGCCAGCCCAAAGUGCCUGUUGGUGUUGAUCCCAAGUCCAUCGUGUGUGAGUUCUACAAGGCGGGGCAGUGUGCUAAAGGUUUCAAGUGCAAAUUCUCACAUGAUUUGAAUGUUCAGCGCAAAGGAGAAAAGAUCGAUCUUUACAGUGACAAACGGGACAAUGGUACAAUGGAGGAGUGGGAUCAAGAGACUUUGGAGAAGGUUGUCGAGUCGAAGAACAAGGAGUAUAUCCAGAAUAAGCCCACUGACAUUGUGUGCAAGUACUUUUUGGAAGCUGUGGAGAAGAAACAGUAUGGUUGGUUCUGGGUUUGUCCAAAUGGUGGGAAAGACUGCCACUACAGGCAUGCACUUCCUCCUGGAUAUGUCCUGAAAUCCCAAAUGAAGGCUUUGCUCGAAGAGGAGAGCGAAAAGACGCCCCUUGAGGAAGAAAUUGAGAAACAGCGUGCCAAAUUGACUACGGUGACUCCUCUGACUCCCGAAUUGUUCGCGAUAUGGAAGAAGAAAAAGAUUGCAGAGAGAGACGCUCGCUUAGCAGCACUAAUGGAGGAGAGGGCUAAGAAUGACCGAAUGAGCGGCCGGGAGCUAUUCCUGUCAGAUUCGAGCUUGUUUGUUGAUGAUGUUGAGGCAUGCGAAAAGCACUUGAGAGAGGAACAAUCUCGUGUUGUGAAAAAGCAGGUGGAUGGCAAUUCGGUUGGAGAGGGACCUAGUGCCUCAUCGACCGAAGUAGGCGAUGGUGAAGCACUUCCCAGCGAGGAUGAUGACGAGCUGGAUACUAAUGAACUCGACGAGCUCGAGGCUAGCCUGUCCAGAACAGCUAUAGAGAUUCAGGAGCCGGGUGUCGGGGCAUAAAAAUUAUGAACCGCGAAACAUUCUUCACAUCUCCAGACUGCAGAUUCAUAAUUAACUGCGACCUGCAAGCGUAAUUGCUGGCGUUUAUCAGAAGACCAGCUCGUUAGUUCCUACGAAUCCUGACGCUAAACCUCACAAGGGUAGAGGAUCCGAGAGAGAGGAGAAGAGGCACAUCUGGUGGUAAGUAUGUAGGUACUAUGGAUGUAACAGAUCGAAGUUAAGCUAUAGGCUGAAUGGAUAAGGCGAAUUGUCCACACUUCACUGGUACGAUUCGUUUUAGUAGUGAUCAUAUGUGCGCAAAUACACUAAGAUAGCAUUUUAUCUGUACAUUUACUUUUAAAAGAUCUUAUCGUUUAUUUAUGGGAUUUAUAUAUUAUCUAUA